AUGGAACAAGCCCACCAGCUGAACAUCUCGGUCAAUGACAUGCUGGCAUUUUUGAACUUUCCCAUUGGACUCAACGAAUCCAACACAGCCAAUUUGAAAGGACUCUACGACACCAGAGGAUGCUGCAACAUGGGCAAGAAAGACUACCACCUGGCCAUCGCAAAACAACAUCCGCACCUCGUCAAACAGAUCUUCGACCUCCAGAAGAUCCGCUACGCUCCAAUCAAGAUCGGGGGAAUCAAAGACAGUGUAGAAAUUGACGUCAUCAUUGAAUACUUCAUUCCUUUUGAAAACAAACAGGGAGAGAAUCACACUUUGAUGAUAGGACUGACGGACGACCUUCCGAUCAACACACUUUAUGGAUUACCAUUCAUCCUAAAAGCCAAGCUGGUCGCUCAGUUCUACAGGAAUGCGGUCAUUUCCAACUUCUUCAACCAGGAAUUCGACCUCACAUUGGAAUGCCCGAGACUUCUCCCAACAGAACACGUGGAACGGAACCGAUCAUCGGAUCGCAAAGUAUUCUCUGGUUGUACCAUGCCGCAUUUUCUUGCAUACAACCUUCUUCAACCAGAGCACGGUCAGUGA